AUGCCAGGCCCCAUCACCAUGAGGCUUGCAUGCCCAUAUGUCAUUUUCCUUCUCCUCCUCGGGAACACCACCAUUGCGCAGGCAGAACUGCAAACUCCCUUGUAUAGCAACAGUAUGGAUCCGCGCCUUACCGUCCGCACAAUUACUGGAAGUUUUACCGGCCUUCAAAACCCAACAUAUGACAACGUGCGCGAGUUUCGCUCCAUCCCUUAUGCCCUGCCACCCCUCGGUGAGCGGCGCUGGCUGCCCCCGUCUCCGCCCCCAGCAUCACGCACCCGCCAUAGCUACAGCUGGCGCUUUCCGCCGCCAUGCCCGCAGUUUGAGUCGCGGAACCCUACGGUGUGGAACUCCAACAUCACUGACUUCAACAUUCGGCUCGGCGCCGGGCAGAGCCAUACGGCAGGCGCCAGCGCGCAGAGCAGCUCGGAGGACUGUUUGCACCUUGCCAUCUGGGCCCCGAUGAACAUUACUGGGGACUACGGGACGGCGAGGGAGGGAAGAAGAGGACUGCCGGUGGUGGUUUUUGUUCCAGGCGGCAGCUUCCAGGUCGGUGGCGUCGACGUUCCAUACCAAAACCCGGCGCAGUGGGUGUCACGCUCGCAGGCCCAUGUCGGAGUCGUCAUCCCUUACCGGCUCAACAUCUUUGGCUUCCCCAACGCAGCCGGUCUGGAACCUGCUCCAUCAUUUGCGGCGUCACCACCACCAUAUGCAACUGGUGGCAGUAAGAACCUAGGCCUCCUGGAUGUUCGCAUGGGUCUUGAGUGGGUAUAUGCCAACAUCGGCGCAUUCGGUGGAGAUAGGGAUAGAAUCCUCCUCUGGGGCCAGAGCGCGGGCGGAGUCUUGGUUGACUCGCUCAACUACGCAUACCACGAUGACGUGCUGGCAUCGGCGCUGUUUCUGCAGAGCGGCGCGGCCGUUGCAAACGGGGCGCCUGAGGAUAUGAAUGGAAGCAACUUUACAUUUGUAGCGAAAGGAUUGGGUUGUGAUUUUCCAGGAGAGCCCGAGGCGGAGCUUGAUUGUAUGAGACAGGUUCCUGCUACUUUGAUUACCAACUUCAUCGGCCGCUAUCAGGACAAUCGCACUGAGCCGUCGAUUCUCUUCCGCCUGCGGCCAGACAACGUGACCGUCUUUGACAACUACACAAAGCGCACAGAACAGGGCCUCGUAUCCAAGGUCCCCGCCAUAAUCUCGCUCACGGCGAACGAACAAUCGUCACUAAUUAGAUAUCCGCGCGGCGACGUAGCAGCCGGCCCGAACCAGACGGAAGUGGACCGACUGACGGUAGAGUUCGUCUGCCUGGCAAGCAACGCGACCGACGCGCGAGUAACAGCGGGUCUCGAAACGUACCGCUAUCAGUUUGCGGGCAACUACAGCAACCUCGCCGUGCUCCCCUGGAUGGGGGCAUUUCACGGAAUCGAUGUUGCCUUUGCCAUGGGUACGUACGGACGGAAAUUUGAUCAAGACAGGACUCGGCCGGGUAGUGUGGAGGAGCAGAGGAGGGUCAGCGAGGUCCUCCAGGAUCACCUACUUGCUUUUGCAGAGGAUCCACGGGGAGGCCUAAGACGGUUGGGGUGGUGGCCACAGACAAGGCGGGUGUGGGAUGAGGAGGGUGCCAUGAUGUUGAGGUUUGGGAGUCAGGAUUUGGGGCGAGUAAUAGCAAAUUACAUACCCUGGGUAGGAACCGCUACCAUCUGGAUGUUCUUCGAUGCCCAUCUACGCACUUUGGUUGCCCAAUGGUGUCAAGAUAAGAUCUUCAGCUUUUCCGAUCCGGCCGAUGCUCUUUCCGGGUGUCCUGGAUAUGUGGCUUCCAAUGUGGAGGAGACGUCUUCGUCCCUCAUCGCGGAUCUGAAGCUCGCUGGGGAGGCAUGCAACGUCUACGGCAGGGACUUGGUCGAGCUGAAGUUGCUUGUUGAGUAUCAGACAGAUAAGAGACUGCAUGUCAAGAUAUACGACGCAAAGCAGCAAGCCUACCAGAUACCAGAGUCAAUCAUCCCUAGUCCCCAGCAUCAAAAGACCUCAUUAUCUCAAUCUGAAGUCACCUUCCACCUCAUAGAGUCCCCAUUUUCCUUCGCAGUUACCCGCAGCAGUAAUGGCGAGGUUCUUUUCAACACCUCCCGCGAGCAUCUCAUCUUCGAGGACCAAUAUAUUCGCCUCCGCACCGAACUUCCUCCUGACCCGAAUAUUUACGGCCUAGGGGAGCAUGCCGACAGCUUCCGCCUACCGACCCGGAACUAUCACCGCACGCUCUGGAACGCCGACAUGGCCUUCAACCCGUCCCAAGCAAACCUGUACAGCGGUCACCCAACUUAUUUUGACCAUAGGCCCGGUUCCGGCACCCACGCUGUCUACCUGCGCAAUGCGGGCGGCAUGGAUGUCAAAAUACACCGCACCGAGGCCGACGGCCAGUACCUCGAGUAUAAUCUCUUGGGUGGCGUCCUGGACCUGUACUUCCUGGCCGGCCCAGGCCCAGCUGAGGCGAGCAGGCAGUAUGCCGAGACCAUCGGACUCGCCGAUAUGCCGCCUUACUGGGCGCUCGGUAUUCACCAGUGUAAAUACGGCUAUUGGGAUGUCUACAUGCUGGCCGAGGUCGUUGCCAACUCAUCCACCGCCGAGAUCCCGCUUGACGUUUUGUGGUCUGAUAUCGACUCCAUGGACGGCCGCAAGGACUUUACCCUUGACGAGGCCCGCUUCCCCAUGGACAGAAUGCGCCAACUUAUCGACACGCUGCACGGCCGCGGACAAAAGUUUGUCACAAUGCUGGACUCGGCCGUGUCGCGCGAGGCCGACUAUGCACCCUAUACGCGUGGCACGGCUCAGGAUGUCUUUCUCAAGGCUGACGACGGAAGCCAUUACCUGGGAAUACAGUGGCCCGGAGUCGUGGUCUGGCCGGACUGGACUGCGCCGAACACGCAAGCCUGGUGGACCGACGAGAUCUUGCGCUGGUUCGACCCAGAGACGGGCAUUGAUGUGGAUGGGCUGUGGAACGAUAUGAACGAAGCGUCAAACUUCUGCGGGAACGUCGACUGCAACCCGGAGGAGGACAAGGGGGACAACCCGCCAGACCCACCAUUUCCGCCACGGCCUAACACCGGACGACCCAUCCCUGGCUUCCCGGCCGAAUUUCAGCCGGAUUACAAUGAAAGCAGCCGUGGCAUCAAGAUGGAAUUCAUAAACCGUGUCAACAACAUGCACACGGAUGGCUCGAUCCCAGAACUUCGCCGCCGUGACAAAGUGAUAGCGGAAGUGAAAGGCCUUCCGGACCGCGAUCUGCUAUAUCCCAAGUACAAGAUCCAAAACCGGCGUGGCGAUCUAUCAGCCGGCACACUGUGGACCAACAUCAGCAACCAUGACGGCUCAUUUCAGUACGAUACACACAACUUUUACGGCGGGACCAUGGCACUUACAACCCGCAAAGCCCUGGCUACUCGCAACCCGACGCGCCGCCCCUUUGUUCUUACACGAUCCGCUUUCGCAGGGGCUGGACACCAGGUUGCCCACUGGUUCGGUGAUAAUACGUCCACGUGGCGAGACCUCCGCCUCUCAAUUAUGCACAUGCUGGCUGCGGCUGCGCUACAAAACAUGCCAGUCGUUGGGUCAGACGUGUGCGGCUUCAACGGCGAUGCCGAGGAGCGUAUGUGUCAGCGAUGGACCCUCGCUGCCGCCUUCCAGCCUUUCUUCAGGAACCAUGCCGACCUUGGCUCUCAGCACCAGGAAUUCUACCUCUGGGAGAGUGUGGCCGCCACCGCUAGGAAGGCGAUCCGCACCCGUUAUCGGCUGCUUGACCUCCUGUACACGGGCGUGAGGACACAGACCGCCUCAGGGGAGCCAGUGGUCAGACCUGUGUUUUAUGUCUACCCUGAUGACAGUGAGGCGGUUGCUGUCGAGACGCAGUGGUUCCUCGGGUCUGAUGCUGAGGUCCUAAUCUCGCCCGUCGUGGAAGAAGGAGCAACAAGACUGGACUUUUACCUUCCCAAUGACAUCUUUUACGACUUUUGGACGCUCAAGAAGGAACGUGGACGGGGCAAGAUGGUUGCAAAGGAGCAUGUUGGCUGGGAUGAGAUUCCCGUGCACAUCCGUGGCGGCAAGGUUCUGCCUCUUCGGGAGCACGGCACGGCCAAUACGACGGCCCAAUUGCGCAAGGAGAACUUCGUCAUCGUUGUUGCGCCGGGGCUGGAUGGCACCGCGACCGGGAGUCUGUAUCUGGACGAUGGGGAGAGUGUCAACCCCGAGGAUCAAGUCACCGUGGUCGACUUCUCGUGGGAUGGAAAGCGGUUUGCUGCGUCGGGUAACUGGGGCUUUGAUACCGAGUUGGUUGUGGAGGAGGUCUUGGUGCUUGGGCAGGAGAAGGAGGCCGGAUUGCCGGGAAUGGUCUAUGACGAUGAGAUCGGUGUGGUGCGUGUAAAGGGGCCCUGGAGUUUGAAAGGCGACUUUGACUUUAGUUUCUGA